AUGGAUAAACAUAUAAUAAAAUUAUUUAAUUUGGAGCCUAAUGUUAAUAAUAUAACACCUUUAGAUUUAUUCAAAGCAUAUCGUAAUUUCGAUGCAUAUAUAGCAGCAUUACAAGAAUACGCUUCUCAACAUGAACUUACUGAAGUAGAAAAAUUUUAUUUUGAUUUCGAAACUGAUCCUCGUCGUAAAUUUUUCUACGAAAUAAAUCAAACAUAUUUUCAGAAUUAUUUUCUGUUAAUUUAUUUUAUUUUAUCAAAUCCAGUAUUAAUUACUAAACCAACAUUUGCUAAUCUUUAUCGUGAAAAACAUUUAUUAUCUGAAAUAACUGAUCAUAUUAUUGAUUUAUAUAAAACAAUGGAUUCUAAAUCAUCUCGAUUUUUUAAUAAAGUUUUAUUAGAUAAAUUUAUAUCGAAUCUUGAUUUUAGUCCAUUACCUGAUGAUAGUACUGGACCAGAAUAUAAAAUAUAUUUUAAUUUAUUUACUCAAGAAACAACUCGACUUAAAAUGUUUUUAAUUGAAUUAGUAAAAGAUCCCAAAUGGUUAGAACAUCCUGAACAAGGUUUAUCAGAAUAUGAUCCACAAUUUUUUCAAUUUAUAUUUGAAAAUAAUACGGGUUUAAAAUUAAAUUCAUCAAAUGAUUUUAUUCAAAUAAAAAAAUGGGCACAAAAGCAUUUAGAUCACCUUAUGGAAGAAAUUAAUCAAACAUGUAAUCGUUUAUUAACUAAUGAUGAAGAUAAAAAAAAAUCAGUACAUGAAAAAAUGAUACUUGUUGGUAAUGAUCAAAGUCAACAUUGGUCAUCAAAACAAGAAAUGAUUGAUGCACAUGAAUUAUGUAUAUCAAAAUAUCGACAUAUUUUUAUUACACAAAAUCAAUUUAAAGAAUUCAAUCCACCAGGUCUUAUUGUUCUUGAUAAUCCACUUUUAGCUGGUGGUUACUAUCUUAAAGGAAAUUUUUAUUUAAAUGUUUGUCAUUGGAAUAAUGGAAAUUUUAAAUAUGAAGUAGAAAAUUUAACAUUACAUGAAACAAUACCAGGUCAUCAUUUACAACUCGAUAUAUCUCAUCAUUCACCUAAUCAUAAUUAUUUAACUUCACUUAAUUUUGAACUAUGUAAUGGUUAUGUCGAAGGAUGGGCUUUAUUUGCUGAACAUUUAGGUGAUUCAAUGUUAAACGAUCCAUGGAUAUACUUUGGUUAUUUACAAUCAAAUAUUUUCCGAACAUUUCGUAUUAUUGCAGAAAUUCUUUUACAUGUUGAAGGACAAACACCUAAACAAGUUAUGGAAUUAGCAAAGCAAUAUUUAACAACAAGUGAAGCAUCUAUAACAUCGGAAAUUUAUCGUUAUAGAGUUUUGCCAGGUCAAGCAUGUUCAUAUAAAAUUGGUUUAGAAGUAUUUAAACGUAUUAUUAAACAAAAAUUUAAUGUCGUCGAAAUGAAAGAUUAUAUGAGAC